AUGGCUGAACAAGUGAAUCACAACUCCAUUGAAACCUUGACUGGAUCGAAUUAUAGCAAGUGGAAACAGGAUCUGGAAAUAUCUCUAGGCUUUCUGGAUUACGAUUUUGUGCUCAAAGAGAAACCUCCUCAAGAACCAGCUGCAGAUGCUUCUGCAGAAACUAAGACUAAGUUUGCCAAAUGGGAAAAGGCAAACAAGAUGGCUAUGUUAAUCAUGCAAAGGGCUAUGUCUUCAUCAGUGAAAGGAAGUAUUCCUAAAUCUAAGAAUGCACAGCAAUACUAUGAGGCAAUUGCACAGAGGUUUAAGGAAUCCGAAAAAGCUGUCAAGAGUACCUUGCUGAAUCAAUUGAUUGAUAUGAAAUAUGAUGGGCAAGGUUGUGUGAGAGCUCAUAUCAUGAACUUGAUUGACUUAGGGACAAAACUAGAGGAAUUGGAUAUGACAGUAGAUGAAGAUAUGAUGGUCCAUUUUGCACUAAAUUCAUUGCCUAAAGAAUUUAAAUCUCUCAAGGAAACCUACAUUGCUCAGAAGGAGAACUGGACUUUGAAUGAUCUUAUUACUAUUUCUGUCCAACAAGACACAACAUCAUAA